CUUCGAUCGCGAGAACCACACACCGCCGGCAUGUCCCGGUUUUGGACCAUUGCCAUGAAGAACGGCACCAUCCAGUUGCGCCUCCGCGAUGGCGUGCGCAUUGACAUGACUCUGGACAAGGCGGUGCGCGUGCUCAAUCAGCGCAGCAUGGUGGCAGUUGCUCUAUCACGCAACUGCAGCAACUCGGCUUUGAUCCACCCCAAUGGACGCAUCUUGGAGAGCGGCGCUAAAGUCGAAAUAGUCACCUACGACGGCAUGAAGGGCAAUAACUUUGUUCGCUAUGCCAAGAUGUGGUACAAGGGUGUGAGCUUCACCAGCGAGGCGUGCGCUCUCAUCUACCUGGUGGACACAGCCGGGACGCGCACCACAACCGACACUUUCACCGAUCUGACCAAGGACUACACCCUGGCAGUGUUCUAUGACGACUCGCGCCCUUUUAUAUGGCUGAAGCCCAUGACGUGAUUGCCAAUUCAGCUUACACCUGUACCGAGGAUGGCACUGAGAUCUAUGACAUAAACCGAUAAAGCCGAUGGCCUGGUGAAGGUCACUCGUGUGGACAACAAGUGCUUGAUUCGCACCAGUCCCGGCAAUGGAUCGGCCACUUUGACCACACCUGGCAUCCAUUGCACUGCCUCUCUGGGCAAGACCUCGCAUCUAUUUGUUCGUCGCAAUGAGAAGCGCGUGCACUUCGAUGGAUCCUGUUUCAUUGUACGCAACGCCGGACACUCCGCCGGCUUCAAUGAGAACAACCUGCUCAUUGUCUACUGAGCGGCGUUCGUAGUCCGGAGAUAGAAACGGCGCAGUGGUAGCCCAUCCCACACGCACACACUCACACAU